GAAAACAUUCCCCGUCCUUUGACUUGCGAUCCUCAUUCACCCACCCACCUCGCGACCUUUGGCGGGGAAUCCUCAUACUCGACUUUCCUAUACCGCCCGCGCCUCGAACCUUGGCGGACUUCACUUAUCUCCACGACCGGGUGGCUGGCGCUGGAUGACAUAAGAGGGGCAUAUUGAAAGAGUCGCAUCAGCAACAGCGUGGUGCGGGUUUUCGGAACAACAGCGAAGAGAGGGAAGGGGCUUGUUCGGAGGGAUAAAGCAGUGUCGCGCAACAGUCGGCGCAAAGAGUCUGGAUGCGCUGUCGCUGUUUAUGAGUACUGCUGCGGGAUCAAGACGUCACGAUGGAUAAUUCUUCGAACCAAGGGGCCAACAACUCCAGCGACUUUGUUCGCAAGCUCUACAAGAUGUUGGAGAAUCCCCAGGAUGAGAGCAUAGUACGAUGGGGGAACGAGGGCGAUAGCUUUGUUGUGCUUGAGAACGAGAAGUUCACCAAGCACAUCCUCCCGAAACACUUCAAGCACAGCAACUUUGCCAGCUUCGUGCGGCAACUGAAUAAGUACGACUUCCACAAAGUGCGGCAUAACAAUGAAGAGGGAGGGUCAUCUCCAUACGGAGCAGGAGCGUGGGAGUUCAAACAUCCAGACUUCAAGAUGAACAACAAAGAUGCAUUGGACAACAUCAGACGAAAAGCGCCCGCUCCACGGAAAGCGAACGCCGCCUCCGGUGGAGAUGAGCUCGUUCCAACACAACAGAUGGAUCUGGUCAAUACGCAGCUGGUCGCGACCCAGCAACAACUCCAACAGCUACAAGAGAGAUAUAACGAUCUGAGCAUGCAUCACACAAUGCUGCUGCAAGAGCUCAUCGGCGUGCAAAAGACGGUGGUGAACCAUGAACAUGUCAUACAAUAUGUGAUGAGCUUCUUGAACAACAUCGAUGCACAACGUCGCAGGGAGAGCAGGAUUGUCACAUCGAAUCCAUUUACGAACGGAGCUGCUGCGAACGGAUCAGCAAACACACCAGCCAGCGACGCGGCAUCUCUACCUCCCGUCGACGAUGAUGUCCCAGCAUCACCACUCCAGCAUGCAUCGAAACUGCUAAGCGAAGUCAACGCCAACCACAUGCUCAACACCAGGAAUCUCGAACAGAUGAACGAAGCCCAGAUGCGAAUGAAUGCCGCCCUCACCACUCCACCACCUGAUCUUGCAGCGGCUCGAAAUGGAGGGACUCGAUCUUCCAGCAGAGGAGCCGCACCUCAUUCCGCCGCUUCAUCGACGUCGCCUUCGUACGGCGAAUUGGACAACAUGGUCUAUCCGAUUGGCCACACUCAGGGUAUCGAUCCGAUGUACAGCGAGCAUAUCCAUAAUAUUCCAUAUCCGAUGCCAGCGAAGGGACCGGAUGGUCUCAUGGCUCCAGCACCAGCACCCGAGGCACGAAAGAAGAGCGCGCAAAUGGAUCCCGGGUGGAUUCGUCAGCCGAAGAUUUUGCUCGUAGAGGAUGAUCAGACGUGUAGGAGGAUUGGAGGGAAGUUCCUCUAUGCUUUCCAGACGUCGAUUGACAGCGCUCUCGACGGACUGGAAGCUGUGAACAAACUCAACAACGGAAACAAAUACGACCUUGUCCUGAUGGAUAUAAUAAUGCCCAACCUCGACGGUGUCUCCGCCACGCAUCUCGUCCGGCAAUUCGACAACACCACACCCAUCAUCGCUAUGACGUCUAACAUCCGCAGCGACGACAUUUCUAUGUACUUUCAGCACGGCAUGAACGACGUCCUCCCCAAACCCUUCACAAAAGAAGGUCUCCUCAGCAUGCUAGAAAAACACCUCCAACACCUCAAAAAACCCUCUGGCGCCGCUCUCGACGCAAUGCCACCUCCACCUUCCGCUUCCGUUGGCCUCGCAUCCACGAAACGAAGUCUCAAAUCCGAAGACUCCCCAGCUACAUCACCCGCCACAGUCUCCAACUGGAAUUCACCCAGCCAACUACCCUCCAACUCUCCCGCGGGCUCCAUGACCGCCGACGACCAACCAUAUCUCAGUCCAGCGGGAUAUGUCGGACCAGGGAUGCAAGGGCCUGGAGGUGGAGGAGGGAUGUAUGGCGCGGGAGCGGUGCAGGCGAGAGGACUGGUAGGAGGAUUGCAGAGGAGAGGGAUUGGUGAGAUAUCGGGUGGGGUGGAGCCACAAGGGGAUGCGAAGAGGCAGCAGAUCUAUGGGGGAUUGCCGCCGCAUUUACAGCAGGGGCAACCGGGUGCACCGCAGAAUCCGCUGGCGCAUUUACAGCAGCCUAUGCAGCCGAGAGGGCCGUGA